AUGUUUCAGCAGCAGCAGCAGUCUUCUCCAGAACACCUUGUCCUCUCCUCUCCAGCCUACCUCCUCACAGCAGAAGAAAUUGUACAACAGCUUGCAACAGAUACAGACAAUGGAUUAUCUGAAGAGGAAGCACAGCGCCGAAUAACAAAGUAUGGGCUCAAUGAGCUCGAAGCCGGUGGUGGUGUCAGCGCAUUCAAGAUUCUCAUGGGACAGAUAUUCAAUGCCAUGGUUUUGAUUUUAAUCAUGGCCAUGGCUGUCUCAUUUGCGAUUAAAUCUUGGAUCGAAGCUGGUGUCAUUACCGCGGUGGUUUUUAUAAACAUCAUUGUCGGCUUCUUUCAGGAGUAUAGUGCAGAGAAAACAAUGGAUUCAUUGCGGUCUCUCUCUUCUCCAACAGCUACGGUUAUUCGUGCAGGCCAGUUGAAGACUAUAAGAUCUCUUGACCUCGUUCCCGGCGAUAUUGUUGAGGCCAAAAUGGGCGACACAAUUCCUGCUGAUUUGAGGCUUUUUGAAGCAAUGAACUUUGAAACAGAUGAAGCUCUCCUUACUGGAGAGUCUCUCCCGGUAGCAAAGAAUGCUGGUGCGUCUUUCAAACUCGAAGAUGAUGCUGGUGUUGGUGAUCGUAUCAAUAUGGCAUACUCUAGUUCCACAGUCUCCAAAGGGCGUGCGAGAGCUAUUGUUGUUAGUACUGGUAUGAACACUGAAAUUGGGAAGAUUGCCGAGUCUCUACGUGGCAAUGACAGCAAGAUACGCAGUGUUUCGCGCGAUGAGAGUGGUCAUGCUACCUGGGGUGCCUAUAUAAUGGCUGGUCUCUGGACUGUUUUGGACUUUGUUGGUGGUUUCCUCGGCACAUCCGUUGGAACGCCUUUACAGAGGAAGCUCAGUUGGCUGGCAAUCUUUUUGUUUGGCAUCGCAGUAGUCUUCGCUCUUAUUUGCCUUGCUGCGAACAGCUUUAGCAGUUCACAAGAGGUUAUUCUAUAUGCUGUUGCCACUGGAUUGUCUAUGAUACCCGCUAGUUUGGUUGUAGUACUUACUAUUACCAUGGCUGUGGGUACCAAGAUCAUGGUCCAACGUACCUUGACACAAGGGAAAAUGGUUGUGAAGAAGGCUUGGGUUAUCGCAGAGGGAACAUAUACGGUUGGCGAAUCUACCAAUCCAAUCGAUUGUACCUCCGCCGAAAUAUCAUUUACGGAGACUACUCCAUAUGAUACCUUUAAGAGUCAAGGGGACGCCACAGAGAAAAAGAAUGUAUCACCGUUUAAACCCGCUUCAGAGUUUAUCAACAGGAGCUUUCUAAAGCAGUACUUGAAUGUGGCAACAUUCUGCAAUCUUGCAACAGUUACUCGUAAUGAGGAGACACAGGAAUGGGGCGCUCGUGGAGACCCCACCGAGAUUGCUAUCCAGGUCUUUUCUAGUCGAUUCGACUAUGGUCGCCGUAAGUUCACAAGUGGCGAUGCGCCUUCGUGGACUCAAAUAUCUGAAUACCCAUUCGACUCCGACGUCAAACGCAUGACCGUUAUAUUCAGGAACUACAGUGGUAAUCUCGACAACGGAUACGCGGAGUGGGCCUUUAUGAAGGGCGCAGUGGAGCGGGUUCUCGAAGCCUGUACCACCAUCCAACUCGCCAACGAAAUCAUUCCUCUUGAUUCUGAGGUGCAGCAAAGGGUGCUUAGAAACAUGGAGGCUCUAGCCUCGCAAGGUCUUCGUGUUCUCGCAUUAGCACACAGGUCAUGGAAGACUAAAUCAAAUGAUAUGGGCCAACUCCCGCGUCAGGAUGUUGAGAGGGGAAUGACACUCCUUGGACUUAUCGGUCUCUAUGACCCACCUCGUGUGGAGACUGCCGGUGCUGUUAAGCAAUGCCAUCGUGCUGGAAUUAAUGUUCAUAUGGUCACGGGAGACCACCCACAAACUGCUAGGGCUAUUGCAAUGCAAGUGGGAAUUAUUCCAGCGAAUGUCCAUCUAUUGGCGCAAGAUGUUAUAUCAGCCAUGGUUAUGACUGCAUCACAUUUCGAUAAGCUCUCAGACGAAGAAAUCGACAGGCUUCCUGUUUUGCCGUUGGUUAUUGCUCGUUGUGCGCCGCAGACAAAGGUCCGAAUGGUUGACGCCUUACAUAGACGGAAUAAGUUUGUUGCGAUGACAGGUGAUGGUGUCAAUGAUUCCCCUGCACUUAAACGUGCCGAUGUUGGUAUCGGCAUGGGUAUGGCUGGAAGCGAUGUCGCAAAGGAUGCUUCGGAUAUUGUUCUCACGGAUGAUAAUUUUGCAUCUAUUCUCAACUCUAUCGAGGAGGGUAGACGUAUGUUCGACAACAUCAAAAAGUUUGUCUUGCAUCUUUUGGCAGAAAACAUUGCUCAAGCAUGUACUCUUCUUAUCGGGCUUGCUUUCAAAGAUAGCUCUGGACUGUCGGUUUUUCCACUUGCUCCAGUCGAGAUCUUGUGGAUCAUCAUGAUCACCAGCGGCUUUCCUGCCAUGGGCCUAGGAAUGGAGAUAGCUUCGGAUGAUAUCAUGACCAGACCGCCCCACAAUCGCAAGGUCGGUAUCUUUACUAAGGAAGUGCUCAUUGACAUGUUGGUCUAUGGUUGCUGGAUGGCAGCCCUUUGUCUUGCAUCUUUCUCGAUCGUGGUUUUCGGUUUUGGUGACGGCAAUCUCGGGCAUAAUUGCAACAAUCAUAUUUCCGACGAAUGCAUGCUCGUAUUUAGGGCUCGAAGCACCACUUUCACUUGUCUCACAUGGUUUGCAUUGUUCUUGGCAUGGGAGAUGGUCCACAUGCGCCGCAGUUUCUUCCGCAUGGAACCAAAGCCCGCCCAUAUCUGGUCCUUAUGGGCUCGUCAUGCCUGGCGCAAUCCAUUCCUUUUUUGGAGUAUUAUGGCGGGUUUCAUCACAGUCUUCCCGAUCAUCUAUGUCCCUUUCCUGAAUACCGUGGUCUUCAAGCAUGCCCCAAUCACCUGGGAAUGGGGCAUAAUCUUUGUUGAGUCUUUCUUGUUUUUCAUGGGUGUGGAAGCGUGGAAACUCUGCAAACGAGUUUAUUUCAGAAGAUAUGGCGACAAAGCUAAAAACCCUGAAGAUGAAUUGGGACGUGAGAUGUUCACAAGGGACAAUAGCACAUCCGUGAGUGAUGUGGUCUAG